GUACACCAACUUAAACAAGAUAUUGUGUCACGGAUUGGCAGGUACAAACCACUGAAGAAGACCACAGUACUUAAUAAGAGAGUGAAGCACGCAAACACGGUUGUUAAUCCCCCAUAGAGAGAGCACUCCAUUGGAGCUCAGCUAGCAAGUUAAACCAUGAAGAAGGAGAUCAUUAUCAGGAUUUCUGUGAAAAGCGACAAAUGCCAGAAGAAGGCCAUGAAAGUGGCAGCCACUGUCACCGGGGUGCAGUCGGUGACGCUGGCCGGCGGCGAGAAGAACCUGCUGCUGGUGAUUGGCGAGGGGGUGGACACCAGCAAGCUGACCAAGAACAUCAAGAAGAAGGUGGGCUUGGCGGAGAUCGUGGAGCUGAGGACCGUCGACUCGUUCGAGGCGGCGGCGGCGGCGUUCCCCGGCGGGUUCAUCCCGGCGACCAAGGAGGCGGCCGCCAGGGCGAUGGCGGCGGCGCGGUCGUCCCCGUACCUGCACCACCACCAGCCGCCGUCGCCGUACCACCACCACCAGCAGUGGCAGUACCACCAGUACGGCGGGGCGCCGCCGCCCAGCCCGUACGCGUUCCAGUUCCACCCGUCGCCGAUGAUGGCGGCCGCGCACGGCGGCUACGGCGGGAGCUCCUACUCCCGCGCGGUGGCGCUCAGCCACCCGGCCAACUACUCGCCGCUGGUGGAGAAGCACGACUACCACCCCAUGAACCACUCCUCCUCCAAGAAGAAGACCACCACCACCGGCACAACCACCACCACCACCACCACCGGUGCCGGCGCCGGCAACGGCAACGGCAACGGCAACGUCGCCAGCCUCAAGGCGGUGCCCCGCUCCCGCCGCCAUGGCAGCGGCAGAAACUUCUGCUGCAUUCUCUAAUCUCUAGCACCCAGCUGCACUCCUGCUCUUAUCAUAAAGUAACUUAAUUACUGCUGCUAAGUACACAUGUGUAUGUAUAUACAUUAUGUAGCUUUGCUUGUGCUUUAUUUUCUACUUUUUUCCCCCUCUUGUUCCUUUUUCCCCCAUUUUUGAAGGUUUGUUAACAUUUUUCACUGUUGCUGCAGGCACUAAUCAUAACCAUGUGUCUGUAUAUUGUAAAAUUGUAUAUGUAAAACUCUGUUACUGCUUGGAUACAUUUUGUCAGAGAGGUUAAUUAG